AUGACUGUCCUUUCGCUCUUCUCUCUUCUCUUCCUGGCCGCGCUCUCCUCGUUCGCCUCCGCAACGUCGGAUUACCAGGAGAGCCUCGUCCUCCAGCCACUUCCGCAAUCCGCGCUGUUAGCCUCGUUCAACUUCCAGGGCAAUGACUCGCAGGAGUCGUUCGACGAGCGACACUUCCGCUACUUCCCCCGUGCGCUAGGUCAGAUCCUACGCCACGCCAAUACCAAGGAGCUUCACCUGCGGUUCACAACGGGUCGCUGGGAUGCUGAGAGCUGGGGUCCUCGGCCUUGGAAUGGAACCAAGGAGGGCGGCACCGGCGUGGAACUAUGGGCAUGGAUUGAUGCCGUGGAUGACGAAGCGGCUUUUGCGAAAUGGAUCACCCUGACGCAAUCACUGUCCGGACUGUUCUGCGCCUCGUUGAAUUUCAUCGACUCGACUCGAACCACGAGACCGGUUGCGUCCUUCGAACCCGCUGGAACUCAUGCGUCCUCGGGUAAUUUGCAUCUUCUGCACGGAACGCUGCCCGGCGAGGUGGUUUGUACCGAGAACUUGACGCCAUUCUUGAAGCUCCUCCCGUGUAAGGGUAAGGCGGGCGUGGCUAGUCUUCUGGACGGACACAAGCUGUUUGAUGCGUCGUGGCAGAGCAUGUCUGUGGACGUGCGUCCUAUCUGUACGCAGACUGGGGACUGUGUAGUGCAGAUUGAUCAGUCGGUGGACAUCGUGCUUGACAUUGACCGGUCCAAACGUCCACGAGAAAACCCUAUCCCGCGUCCAGUACCCAACGAGCAGCUCGUAUGCGACACGUCCAAACCCUACCACUCAGAUGAUACCUGCUACCCACUGGAGCGCACAUCUGAGAAGGGCUGGGGCUUGUCGGAGAUCUUCGGCCGCAGUAUCAGCGGAUCAUGCCCUCUCGCAGAGGGGUCUGCCGACGGGACCGUCUGUCUGCGAGUGCCCCACGAGCGCGACGUGCAAGUUCCCUCCGGCGUAGUGGAGGUCCAAAAGUCAGACGGCUACACGCGCUGCUACACCCUAGAGCCAUCCACCCCCUUCGACCUCACCAUUCCCGAGCAAGAGGCCACAUCACAGGUCCCGCUGGACGAGCCCGUGCUGCGCGCCGAGCGCACGAUCGUGGGCCACGGCCAGGAACGCGGCGGGAUGCGGAUCAUCUUCGACAACCCCUCGGAUACCAAGGCGGUUGACUUCAUCUACUUCGAGACUUUGCCUUGGUUCCUGCGACCCUACGUGCACACCCUGCAAGCGACCAUCACAGGGCACGACGGCCAGCACCACCAGGCCCCAGCCUCGCAAUUCAUCAAAGAAACCUUCUACCGCCCGGCGAUCGAUCGCGAACGCGGCACGCAGCUGGAGCUGGCGCUGUCCGUGCCCGCCGCGUCGACAGUGACGCUCACCUACGACUUCGAGAAGGCCAUCCUGCGGUACACGGAGUAUCCGCCGGACGCCAACCGGGGCUUCAACGUGGCACCGGCGGUGAUCAAGCUGGGCUCGAGUAACGGUGGCGCCGCCAGCUAUCCGAUCUACAUCCGCACCACCAGCCUGCUCCUGCCGCUGCCCACCCCGGACUUCAGCAUGCCGUACAACGUGAUCAUCCUGACCAGCACGGUGAUCGCGCUGGCGUUCGGCAGCAUCUUCAACCUGCUGGUGCGGCGGUUCGUGACGGCGGAAGAGGCCUCGGCGAUGCGGGCGCAGACGCUGAAGAGCCGGCUGGGGGGGAGGAUCAUUGCGCUACGCGACCGGCUCAAGGGCAAGACCACCAAGACGGAGUAG